AUGGCGUGGUUCUCCAUUAUGCACGGCAGCAUCCGGGCCCAGCCCCGCCCGCUCCUGGCCAGCUGUGUGCUGAAGCCUCCCACCAUCCCCCUGCACUGGCCAGCCCUCGGGGUGCAGCAGGUGCUCUUCUCAGGGUGUGCUAUUGACUACCAUCUGCCUCCCGUGAUCCAGCUGCUCAGCAAGAUUGCCUGCCACGCCGACUUGGCCAACAGCAUGUGCCCGCUGCAUGCACCCUCGGCUUUCCAGGGCCAGGACCCGGGACCAUCAGUGGCCAACUGCGGGGCCGGCCCCAGCCUCAUGGCGUCCUUCCAGCUGGUCCCUCCCUGUUAUGGCCACAUCUACCCUGUCACCAAGCCUGGCAAGUACCUGUGCAUGCUCUAUGCCCUCUUUGGGAUCCCCCUGAUGUUCCUGGUUCUCACGGACAUAGGGGACAUCCUGGCAACCAUCCUGUCCAAGUCCUACAAUCAGUUCCGAAAACUCCCUUUCUUCCCUCGCGCCCCCUCUGAGUGGUGCUCUGGACUGCGCUGCAGGAGGAAGCCCAUCGCCAAGCCAGGGGUGGCCUCUGUCCCUCGGAUCGUCAUCAGCGCUGAAGAUCCCCGUGGCCCCAAGUCAGGCAAGUGCCCCUCAGACCCAGGCAGCCACGCAGAGCUGUUGAAGAGUCUUCUCUUCGCACAAGAGAAAGAGAACCUGCUGGCCCUGGCCCCACGGACCAUGGAGAGGAGCAACUCGUGUCCAGAGCUGGCGCUGGGGAGGCUGUCUGCCUCCAUCCUCAGCAACCUGGAUGAGGUGGGGUGCCAGGUGGAGAGACUGGAUGUCCCCCUCCCUGUCAUCGCCCUGGUGGUCCUGGCCUACAUCUCCUGUGCUGCCGCCAUCCUCCCCAUCUGGGAGACCAACCUGAACUUUGAGAGCGCCUUCUACUUCUGCUUCAUCACACUGACCACCAUCGGCUUCGGGGACACCAAGUUGGACCACCCAACCUUCUUCCUGUUCUUCUCCCUGUACAUCAUCAUCGGGAUGGAGAUCCUGUGCAUCGCCUUCAAGCUGAUGCAAAACAGGCUCCUGCUCGUGUACAGGGACCUCCUGCUGUGCCUGGCCACGGGGAGGUGCUGCCACCUGCCUAGGAAGUGA